UCUCAGAGUAUGGCUGUUGACAUCACACCAAGUUGGCACUUCUCGUCUGUUUCGCAAUUCAAAGUAUUCUGUAUUGAUUAAAAGGCUGGACUAAACGAAUACAAUACGAACUGUGACCUUGUAUCUGACAUUAACUGCGACCAUUCCCAUACCAUGUUUCCCACGCCAAGGUGCCUGGCCGCAAAACCCGCUGGAUUCCUAAAGCGGAGCACACAGGAGUUGAGUCGAUUGACAAGGAUAGCAUGGAAUACCGAAGCCCUUACCACACCCACGAAACCAUACGAUCUCCUCGACUUCGAAGACGAAACCACCGUCGCAGGCUGCAAGACGUUUGCCGAUCGAGCUGUAGGUGGUUACAGUACGGCGAACCUCGACUACGUGCCUGCGAACCCUUCUACAAAUACACCUGCACAUGCACGCUUUCACGGCAGUAUUUCAACAAAGCUCCCUCCGAAUUGGCGAGUCGAGAGAACAGGAUAUGCUGCGUUCCGCAACAAGGAUCGCGGGCUCUGGCUCUUCGGUCGCCUUUUCUGGGACAUCGACCCUUAUGCCUACCUGGCUCUCCGUGUGAAGUCAGACGGACGGCGUUAUACAGUCAAUAUCCAAACAGAUUCUAUUGUCGAGACCGAUAUCCAUCAACAUAGACUUUAUACGAGACAUCAUAUACGUCAAGCACAUCUACCAUCGCCGCUUUCUGCCGCCACUGAAGCCUCUGAGAGAGGCGCUGCACCGGCAGCUCUCUCAGAUAUCCCUCCAGAAUCUACAAUACUAUCUUCCUCCAAUUCGGUGACUACAUCGGGUUCUACAGGGUGGGAGACUGUUCUUCUACCGUUCAAUGCCUUUGUCCGCACCAACCACGGCUUUGUCGUCGAGCCCCAAACUUCCCUCCUUCGACAGCGUGUGAGAAGUGUGGGUAUCGGGUUGACGGAUCGUGUGGAGGGACCUUAUGACCUUCGCAUACACAAAAUAUGGGCCACAAAUGGUAUAAGUGAAGAGGAUGCCGAGGAAGAGAGAAGGAUAUGCGGUCCAUACGCGCUGCCCGUCGACGAGGGAGUCAGAACGGGCUGGAUGUCAGAAAAACCACAUGAAAGGAGCUUGGAGGGGAAAGAGCUUGUUGGACAACGGCGUAAGGCUAAGGGCCUCAAGGGACUGAGAGACGAGUGGGAGAGCUAGCGCCCAAGCCUUGUUCAUGGCUUUAAUGCUCAAGAUGCUAAGCGGACAAUAAUAUAAACACUCGUAGAGCUCACAUAUUAAAACACUCGUAGAGCUCACAUAUUAGAAC